GGCUCGCCUCCUUCUCCGCCACCUCCACCACCUCCACAGCCUCCAGAACCUCCACCACCUUCCGCUUCUUCGCGCCCGACUCCUCGGUCCACGCUCUUCCUUAAUUCAGUCCAAUGAGAACCGCUCCUCCAUCCGAUUCGUCACACUCGGCGAAAACUACCCCGUCGCGCAAGUCGUGUCGGCCGCGCGAGUCGCGGAAAUCGCGACACCCGAGGAUCUCUCGCCCCUUUGCUCGUUUCGGAUUCCUGCUCCAGGGGACCGUAGGUCUUCCGCGUCGAGAGGUCCCCGUCUCGCGACGUCUCGCGAGGACGAGGAAGAGAUGACUCGCGGCCGCGGAAACCGGUCGCCCGCAGAGUGGAGCGCUCUUCGUCCCGUGUAGCUCAUCGAGGAGGAACUGCGUAGCCACUCGCAGAUUCUCAGGACACGAUGCCGUGGUGGAGGGUAAUCCUGCCGCUAGGAGUAACGCUGCUCCUCGCGAUCACGACGAGGAACUUCUCCUACGCCUGCAACGAGGCUAUUUGCGCCAGUGUCGUCAGCAAGUGUAUGCUCACGCAAAGCUGUAAAUGCGACUUGGUGACCUGCACCUGCUGCAAGGAGUGCUUCUCCUGUUUGAGCUACCUCUACGACGAAUGCUGCUCCUGCGUCGACCUGUGUCCAAAGCCCAACAUCACGGACAACCCUCUCAGCAAGAAAUCUCACGUGGAGGAUUUCAGCGAGCCAGUUCCUGGGCUCUUCCAGGCUCUGACUGCGGAGCCAGACCCUCACGAGCGAUGGCUCACCUUUACCUUCCCUGUGGACUUUGACGUUUCCCUCUUCACCCCGAAGCACGAAAAGGAGAUGAAGUACCACAUGCAGACCGUCGAGCAGGAGGAGCGCACCCUGAAGCCGAACGUCAUGACCGUAAACUGCACCGUGGCGUACAUGGCGCAAUGCAACUCCUGGAACAAGUGCAGAGCCUCCUGCCAGAGCAUGGGUGCGACCAGCUACAGGUGGUUUCACGACGGCUGCUGCGAGUGCAUCGGUGAUACGUGCAUAAACUACGGGAUAAACGAGUCGAGAUGCGUGCACUGUCCCCUCGACAAGGAGGAGGAGGACUUGAAGGACCAGUACGACGACUACGGGCAGGACGAGGACGACCUCGUCGAGGACGACUUGGAUUAGAAUUUCCAUUCCGGGGAUUUUCUCCAACCAGCACCUCCCUCGUUCCCAGUGACCUACGACCUCGCGAUCUCAACGUAGAAGAAACGAAGAAAUCCCGCGUUGACAGUGCCGAGACCUGUCCAGGUGUCAAAGGACAGAGCCACCCGCGACCAGGGACUCGGAUUUAAAGCGAACCACGGCACGAGCCGUGGAUAUAUUUUUUUAACGGUUAAUAGUUGUUAACGUAAGACUAGCGCCAUGCCCGGCCUUCGGCUCCCUUUAGAAGGGAAGCUCAAACCCGGGCAAAGUCAUACGCAGGGGCCUCCCCCGCCCCGCGAUCGAAAGACGGUACUGAAAUACUCAGCAGAGAAACACUGAUCGGACUCGGAGUGUCUAGAGACGUUCAUCUUGUACAUUACAGUGCGCCAGCACGCGUAGGAUAAUGCCCAUGUACUCGUUUUAAGCGUGGUAGUAAGGUACUCGUAAUAGCAAAUCUUUUAUUAUCGUCCUGUG